GGCGGCGCGUGGCCUAGGUAUCGCUUCCUGGGUCGUGUGACCUUGGUGGUGGCUCCUCUGAGUUCUUCCGCGCGCUUCGCCCGACCCGCGACCCGCGAUGCUGGCGCUGCGCUGCGGCCCCCGCCUGCUCGGCCUGCUCUCUGGCCCGCGCGCCGCGCCGCUGCUCCUCUCCGCGACCCGCGCCUGCAGCGACAGCGGAGCACGCGACCCGAACUCCUCCUCCUCCUCCUCCUCCUCCCGGAACCCGCUCGUGUACUUGGACGUGGGCGCCGAUGGGCAGCCGCUCGGCCGCGUGGUGCUGGAGCUGAAGGCAGAUGUCGUGCCCAAGACAGCAGAGAACUUCAGAGCCCUGUGCACCGGUGAGAAGGGCUUCGGCUACAAAGGCUCCACCUUCCACAGAGUGAUCCCAGCCUUCAUGUGCCAGGCCGGCGACUUCACCAAUCACAAUGGCACGGGAGGGAAGUCCAUCUACGGAAGCCGCUUUCCCGACGAGAACUUCACGCUGAAGCACGUGGGGCCAGGUGUCCUGUCCAUGGCGAAUGCAGGCCCUAACACCAACGGCUCUCAGUUCUUUAUCUGCACAAUAAAAACGGACUGGCUGGAUGGUAAACAUGUUGUGUUCGGCCAUGUCAAAGAGGGCAUGGACGUUGUGAAGAAAAUAGAAUCUUUCGGCUCAAAAAGUGGGAAGACAUCUAAGAAGAUUGUCAUCACAGACUGUGGCCAGUUGAGCUAACUCACAGCCAAGAUGCUAGGACAGGAGCAGCCAGCCAUGUGUUAAUUGGCCCAGGUGCUCCGAGCACAAGUGCCCACGUCCCCUGCUGAGUAUGAAGAAGGUCUUUCAUAGGACUAGACUGCUCUCAACGGUCCAUCCUUCCUCAGAUCCUGUUUCUGGGCAUCAGUGUGGCCAUCAGGCCAUGCACCCUCAGAAAGAGGCCCCGUGAUUGCCGUUCGAGUGUGCCUUGGGCAUUGGCAUCGCUGACCAGUUAGCAUCCAGGGACUUUUUCCUUGACCAGUGGGGACAGCAGUUGGGAUUUAAUGUUGUCUUCCUCAUUGCAAUAAUUUCAUAAGAUCUCAUAGAAACGACACUGUGACACUAACUGCACUGUACUGUGUGUGACCUGAGUUGGCACAAACCACAACCCCCGAGCCUGGCUUCUGAAACAUAACUCAGGGCUCUUGUGAAAGUCUCAAGAUCAAUGCAUUUCCUCCCGGUUACUGUGAAUCCUGCUGGUUGGCUGCUGUGACUUUUGAAGGGAGCCUGUGGGAUAGGAGCAGCUGGACCUGGGGCAGACCUGUGAGCUGGGGCUGUCUGCUCAAUGUGAAUUCCUGUGCUGAAAACAGCCCGUGUGCAUACUGUCCUCAGGAGGAACGCGUUCCUGGCAGGCUUUGCUUUUUCUGUAUGUUAAAUAAAUCCAGUCUAUCAAUGAUAAUAUAUGUAAAAGAUUCCUGGAACAGUCCUUUGUGUGAUAAUAAAUCCUAUUUUCUAUAAAACUGC